CACACUUUUGACAAGCAGAAUUUCAGUCGUUCGACUAUCAGGGGUUGAUGUGGAGAGAUUGUUACUCACGAUGAAUGCGGAGGAAGCUAAAGUGGGUUGCUUUCAAAUGAUGUUAGUGUUGCUACUCGGAAUAAACUAUGUCAUUGUCGCCAUGAGUCACGGGCUACCGGUUUUUCAUAAUUAUACGCCAAAAUUUUAUUGUCAGAUGAAAGAUUCAACGCUUAAAAGCUAUGGUUGUCAACUCAUGGAAAAUUCAUCGAUGUUUGUCAAUUUAACUUUUGCAUCGCCAGAAGUGUCAACGUUUAUGUCCUGUUCCGGCGAAUAUCACUUCGAGACGGAAUUUAUGGAGAACAGUGUAGUUACUGAAUGGGGUUUAGUAUGCGAGAAACGAUAUCUAUCUUUUCUUGGGCCAACUGUUUAUUACAUAGGAGUGCUUCUGGGUGCAUGGAUCACCGGAUUUUUAAUUGAUCGUAUUGGUAGACUUCCAGUCCAAGCGAUAUGUCUUUAUGUGCAAGGCACAAUGGCGGUCGCACUCUAUAUUGUGCAGAGUUAUCCUGCGUUUCUGAUGUUACGUAGUCUUCAAGGAGUAUUCGUUCAAGGCUUGCAGAAUUCUACAUAUAUUCUUUCCCUGGAAUUAUUUCCAGCGCGAUUUCGCACUCUUGUCGCAUUGAUUAUGCAGAUUUUCUGGUCGAUGGGUCUCAUACUGCUCGCAGUACUCAGCUACGUGAUUCCUGAUUGGCGAAUUUUGCAAUUGGCUGUUUCCGUACCCACUGCGAUCACUGUGCUGUAUAUUUGGAUUAUACCGGAAUCGCCGAGAUGGCUGCUGGCUAAAAAAAAAUCAACAGAAGCUGAUAUGGCGCUUGAAAGAAUUGCAAUAUAUAACAGGUGUUGCAUUGGAUUACGAACGAAGAAUAUUCUUAUGCAUGAAGUAUACGUGGAAAGUAACUCAAUGUCGAUAAAACCGAAGAGAAAGUCGCGUGUCAUCAGUGAUGAAUUUGAGAAAACAAGAGCUGACAAAAAUCAGCGAAAAGAAAUUACGAAUUUAUUAAACAAAUCGGAACUAACUGAACAAAAAAUUAUAGGAAAAACUUUGGAAGCCAAUUCGAUCAACUUGAAAAACAAAUUUUCUAAUGUAGAAUUAUGGCAAGAGAUGCCAAGUUCAGCGGAAAAUUUUAACAAGCGGCAUUUGCCUUCGAAUUCAAAGUGCGAUCAAGAGUCAAAGAUGACUACACCAUCGAAAUGCGAUAAAAAAUUUUUUUUGAGAGACACAGAGGAAGUAAUGUUGUGUAAAAUAAAGAAAGAAAAAACGAGUAAAAAUGAAGAGAAAACGGGAAGUAUCGAUACAAAACAAACUGUAAACAAAAUAAACUCAACAUUGAAAAAUGCAAUUGAAUCAUCGAUAUUAAGAAAAUAUGGUGCUAUAAUGAUUUGUCAAUGGUGGACGUUUACAAUAGCGUGCAACAUACUUGAUGAUCUGACACCGAAUUUUCAGAUUAAUAGGCACAUCACGUUCGCCCUGAGUGCAGCUCUCGAAAUGGCGACGAAUACAUUUGUAUAUUUUAUAUUAUCUAGAUACGGUAGACGACUGCCAAUAUGUAUAUAUCAAUCUUUCAAUGGCAUUGUUUGUAUUUUAAUUGCGGCUUUCUUUAUUUUAACUGCUGCCAUUGCACCGUGGAUCGAUAUCGCAAAGACGACAAUAUUACUAUUUGGCAAAGUAACUAUCAUGAGUACUCUUUCUAUUGUCUACUUGUAUACUGUUGAAAUAUUUCCAACAGUGAUACGAGGUCGCUGCUUAGGUUUAUGUGUGAUGUCCGCAAAAAUCGGCAGCCUAAGCAUACUGCAUUUACUUUUAUUAAGACAUGUAUCACUUCCGAUACCGUUACUAAUCAUUGGAAUGUUAUGCCUCGUCUCCAGUGUAUUAGUUUUAAUUUUACCAGAAACACUGAACAAAAUUUUACCUGAUCAAGUAAUGGAUAUGAAGAAUAUAAUCGACGAGAAUAAUUGCAAGAGUGAUGAUAUCAAUAUAGAAAAUGACAUAAAGGAAGAUUUGACAGAAAGACAAAUUUUAAGGCAAAAACUCUUUUCAGAGAAUUGGGUAGAUGCUGGCAAUGGAAUUUUGGUGAAUUUUAUGGAAAAUAAAAAUACCGAAUAAUUUACAAAAUAAAACAACUUUGUACUAAAAUUAUCAUAUUUAAUGGACAUCUUUAAUCCGCUCUAGUCUUAUGAGAUCCUCACGCAAA